AUGGACUUUGAUUCUGAGACACAAGCAACCUCAUCUCAGCGCAUGUACACCGCGCGAGCAGACAACUAUGAGAACUCGUUCCAUCCCGACUGGACCAGGCGCUUCAUGGCCGUUGCUGAGAUUCAACCCGGCGAACGCGUCUUGAUUCUGGCUUGCGGCACCGGCCUCGAGGUCUUCACCGCUGCCGAACAGGUCGGCGAAACGGGCGAGAUCAUCGGUCUCGACGUUACUGAAGCUAUGCUCAACAAAGCGAGGGAGAAGCAAGAGCGCCUCAAGCCUAGUGCAAACAUUCGUCUGUUCCUCCACGAUGCCACCAAAUUGGACACCCUGCCGGAGCUCGACGGCCAGAGCUUCGACGCCAUCCUUUGCUCCAGCGCCUUUGUUCUCUUUGACGACCCAGAAGGUGUUGUUGCGAAGUGGCGCAACUACCUCAAGCCGGGAGGCAGGGUAGUCAUCGACAUCACGCACGAGGACAAUUUCAAGAUCGGCCUCAUUCUGGAGAAGGCGGCCAAGCGCCUGCGGUCAAGAUUUCCCAGCAACAGAUCCUGGAUCACAGACAAGAACUCCUUUACAAAGAUUCUCGAAAGUGCAGGGUACGUGGUGGAGAACAUCGAGCUGAUGCACGAUAUCUCUGGCCAGGGCGACACGUACUAUGGUAUGGACCAGAUUGACGAGCAGUUUGAUCAUAUAACUAGCACGUCGUUGGUCACCAGUCUCCCAACGGACGAAUUCAGGGAUCAGGUUAGGGCUCUGUUUCAUGAGGAAUGGAAAAAGGUUGCUGUUGAUGGCAAAGUAGUGAACGUGGAUGCGCUUUAUAUCUAUGUAGCUCGGAGAGUCUAG